AAAUCUUGACAGGCAGUAAAGUAAAUUCAGUUUGUUUUCAGUAUUUUAUUAUUUUAUAUUCUUUCUAAAUUCAAUACCAAUUUAACUUAAAUAUCUGAGAAAGAUUAAGAAAAGAAUCCUAAGCAAGAUGUCUAGUGAGGAUACCGACCAAUAUCGUGCAUUUAUAAGAAGCCUCCAGAGAGAGGAAAAUAUACCGGCUGCUUUAAAUGACAUCAAAAAUUUGAUUGCCUUCAAACCUGCUGAAGAAGCUAUAAACACCAUAAGAGAUGAGGGAAUUUCUAAAAUUGUUCAAUGUCUGAAUUUGUCAAACACAUCCCAUGUAGAUUUAACUUGUGAAGUUCUGAGGAUAUGUUUCGAAAAGUUUCAACCAGGAGAUGUCGUAAAAAAUUACACAAGUCAUAUAAUGUAUUUGCUUCGUCAUGAAAAGAGUUGUGUAAGGAGACUUGCUAUUGACCAGGUACGAAAAGCAGUUUCAACCAGUCCAAACUUACUCCCGGUGACUCAGUAUAUUGAUGUUUAUGUAGCUGUUGCACAGUUAGUAAGUGACCCAGACGUAGGAGUCGCUAAUGAAGCAGUUUUGAUAACAUCUAACUUACCACAUGAAGCCUACCAUAAAGUUCUGGAAGAAAUGCAGAUGGCACUUGAACUUAAUAGCAGCAGCAAGUGUAAUGUUUUUGAGGUAGUCGUCCACAUUUCAUCAAAAUCAUACGAGUUGUUCAAGAUGUGUGCGGACAUGAAGUAUGUUGACUUUAUGGUAUCUGAAUUGCAAACUGAUGAUAUUCUGUACCAAGUGAACAUACUUGAACUACUUUCAAGAUUAGCCAUGAAGCCUCAUGGCAUCAAUUAUCUUGUGCAAAAUGGAUCACUACAAAAGAUUUUAGGAUAUGUUACAGAGCUGCAAAACAAUCCUCUCAAAGGAUUAUUAAUACCAGGCUAUAUGAAGUUCUUUGGAUGUAUAGCACACAGCUAUCCUAAAGAAAUAUUUGAAAAGCAUACAGUUGUUUUUGAUACUUUGUUUGAAGCAAUUGAGUCUGCUGACCAAGCUAUACUACCAGUUGCUCUUGAUACUUUGGGAUUUAUUGGUACAACAGUUGAAGGAAAGUUGUGCCUUGCAGCAUUGGGUAGCAAAUAUACUCAGGCUGUCAACAAUGUGAGUAGACUGAUCAGAAACAGUAAUACUGAAAUUAAGGUGCGUGCUUUGAAUUGCUUUGCUGGGCUCAUGAGCAUAGAUAAAGAUCCCACUGUGUCAAGGAGCACUCCUGUCGAUCAUAGAGUAACAUUAAUGACACGAGAGUGGUUUAGGACACUGGAUGCAAAGCCCAUGGAAACUUUGUUUGAAAUUUGCAAGAAUCCUUUUCCUGAUAUAAAACAUGCUGCAUUUGUCUUACUGGAUGCUGUUUGUCAACAUCAGUGGGGUGAAGAGAUGGUAGCUAGAGCUGCAGGUUUCAUUGAAUUUUUAAUGGAUAGGUCGAUUGUUUACACAAAAGAGACAAAUGAAGCAAAAUAUGAUAUUAUAAAAAGGCUGGCUAACUCCCCUGCUUUUGAUGCCACUAUAAUUGGGAGACUUCAUACUUAUGUUGAACAAGGUCCAUUUUAUUCUGAAAGCCAGUUGGAAGUUGCAAUGGAAGAGGAAGACUGAAUAAACUGCAAUUUUAUUUAUAAUUGCUAUUUUUAUAAAAAGUAGCCUUUAAAAUUACAGCACAAACAUAAUUGUUAACAGCAACCCUGAAGUUGUAUACUUUUCUUAUUUCAAUACAGUGAAGUGAACUUAAAUGGUUCCACUAAGGAUGAUUUCAAUUUUAGGAUGUGAGGUCAGUUUUGAGUUCCAAUACUAAAAGGUGUAUCUUUAUGAAUUGAUUAAAAAAAUAGUAAACUAAAUCUAUCUUCGCCUUUUAUUUUUUGUAGCAGUAUCAGUCUUUGUAGCUGCUUUCCUUUUAUUAGCCUUUGGUUUACUGGCACUUCCUCCAUAUUUAGCAGCUAGUCCGUCUAUGAAGGAAUCUAUUUGUUGAGCUCUCUCUUUUUGUUUCUGCUUUAUUGAAAGUUCUAG